AUGGAUAACCUGGCCUACAAAAAACCAACCUGGCAAAUACCAAGCAUCAGCAUUUAUCCUCCAGAUAGGGCGGUAGAUAAUUUAAAGUCCAACCGCUCGGCGGCGGGUAACCAAUGUGCUAUUUCUGACGGGACACCACACGGCGCCACUUGGAUGGUGGAUCUCCAAUCUAUUCAAGUUAUACACAACAUCGUGAUAUAUUACAGGACAGAGGGUAAAACGUGGAAAUCCAGCAAGUAUGCGAGCAGAUUCCUGGGUUUUUCUGUUUACGUAUCCAACACAACAAACAAAGGAAACGGGUUUCUCUGUUAUCAUGACGCAAACAAUGAUGCCAGCUCCAUACAAAGCGUUAUAAACAUCGACUGUCAAGUUGUAGGCCGGUACGUGAUAUAUUACAACACGAGAGAGGGCAAGCUCUCCCAGAAGCCCACUUAUUCAAAGGAAGCGUAUAUUGAACUGUGUGAAGUUGAGGUGUUUGGGUGUCCAAAACUUGGCUUUAAAGGACGGAAUUGUAACGAACCAUGUCCGAAAAAAUGUCAUUACUGUAACCCGCAGACCGGGGAAUGUAUUGGAGCCUGUAACCCGGGAUAUUAUGGAGACAAGUGCAAAUAUUACGAUAGAAGAAAUAUGGCGCUGCAGAAACCGACCUUCCAAUCAUCGCAAUUUUUCAUUUCUACCGAAAGUAAGAAGGCUGUUGAUGGUCAAAGGGCUGACCUUAAUUUGUAUUCGGGUCAAUGCGCUGUGACCGCAGAACACCAAAACUACGCUCUGUGGAGAGUCGACCUCUUACAAAAGCGAAAAAUUGAAAGGUUAACCGUAUACGCCUUGACUUCUAGUUCGAUAUGGGAUGAGAACAACAAUUUUACAGGGAUACUUUUAGGUUUUUCAUUAAAAGUUUCUAACACAACCAAUCAAAACGACGGUGUCGUCUGCUACAAAGACACAAACCAUACAAGGUCAACUAUUCCUUUCUCAUUCGAUAUAAGCUGCCCUGUGAUUGGUCAAUAUGUCUCGUAUUUCAAUGAAAGACUCCCAAACACUACCUAUCCAGCUGGGUACAGUCAAUACGCCCAGUCAGCUCUGUGUGAAGUCGAAGUGUAUGGUUGUCCUAUUCCGGGAUUUGACGGUCCGCAUUGUGUUGUCCCUUGCUUCUCUAUCUGCAAAAAUUAUCUGGAAAAUUUAGCUCUCUGGAAACCAACAUUUCAGUCUUCCACGCGAUCCGGCGCUUCCGCUUCAGAGAAGGCAGUUGAUAACCAGAAAUCUGAUCGGACGUUUCGCGGUGGUCAAUGUUCAGCUACUUUAAACAACAAAACUCAAGCAUAUUGGCGAGUUGAUUUAAAACAUCUUUAUUGGAUAGAUCAGAUCACGAUAUAUUUCAGGACAGAGAACCAAACAUGGAAUGAGCACAACUCUGAAAGAGCGUCGCCUCUUGGGUUCUACUUAUAUAUUUCUAACACAACGGAUAGACACAACGGCGUCCUUUGUUAUCACGAGCAUGCGCACACAAUCUACAAUCUCCCUGACGUAAUGAACAUCAGCUGCCCAUUUAAAGGUCGACACGUCAUCUACUACAAUGAACGAAAAGAAGGAGUUGCCUACCCUGCAAAUUAUUCCCGAUAUGCCUUUGCUGAUUUGUGUGAAGUUGAAGUUUACGGUUGCCCUGCCCCUGUGAAAGCCGAGCCACAGUGUACUCGUCCCUGCUCAUCUAACUGUGAACAAUGUUACCCAGGUACAGGGGUCUGUCAAAAAUGCAAACAUGGCUACCAAGGGACUGAAUGUGAGCCUGACAAAAUGGAAAAGACUGAGUAUAAUCAAGAUGUCGUUGGUCCUUUUCAUGGCCGCAUAUAUGCACGUACCAACUAUGGCUCUGUAACUGAGGCUAUCCGCAUUAAAGUACGUUAUAGGGAAACGUUCACCAUAUCAAAUCUAAAACUUCCUCUGAAGACAUGUAACAGUUUUGCGAUGCACACAUAAACCAAGGAAAAGAACCAAAGAAAAAACAAAGAACUAAAACACCACGCAACAUACUUUUUUCCAAUUAACAGGAAACGGCUUUUAAAUAUGAGUCUUUAAAUAAAAUUGUUGUUUUGCGUCUAUGUCUAUA